GCGUUCGGGUAAAAUGAUUAAUGACUUUAUCAAUGAACGUCAUUAUUUCUUCAAUGGAGACGCGGCUUCAAAACAAUUCGUAAAUCGUAGUAGUAAAAUUAUUUCUCAUAUAGAAAUCCAGUAAGAACUGUUAAAACAGAGAAUCCAGGGUCGAACCAAUAUGGAUCGGUACUGUCGCCUGUGUCGACGCUCGGGGGAAUUCGAAUCGAUAUCCAUCCAGGAGAAGUCCCGCAACCAUCCGGGAGAGCUACUGACCACGAUUAUAGAAAAUUGCCUGCAGUUGAGGGUGGAUCCUUCCGAUGGUCUCCCCAAGCGAAUAUGUCACAUGUGUCAGGCGCAGGUCGAAAUGUUCCAUUUGUUGAGAAAAAUCAGCUUCCAGUCGGAGUACUAUUUCCGAGAAAUGCUUCAGCAAGAUCCGGAACCUAUUUGUACCCCUCCGAACGUUGAAGUUAUCGAAAAGGACUCCGAUGGGGACGCUGAUUUCGGCGAGGGUAUCGAUAAUACGCCCUACGAUGAAAGCAGUUCAGCAAAUGAAUCAUAUCUCAAUCCGCAUAUCAAAACAGAACCCGAAGAGUUGUUAGAAUGCAAUUUUGAAGUACCGAUUGAGACGGACAAUUGCUUAUGGAUCCCGAAGGUUCAGCCCAAUAAAAGUCAAACCGGGAAACCGAAAAUGGUGGCUCGUUAUGGAUGCAUGGAUUGUCCGUAUCGUUCUCCCUACCGAGCCAAUGUAUCGCGGCAUAUCAAACUGCUGAAACAUAGCGGAGUUCGAAGUUUGACUGAUAAGAAAUCCCGUAAAAUUCGACAAUCGGUAGCAGAAAUUUUGGCUAAUAGCGAUUCACCUCGUGUCAGGAUCUUUUCAUGUCAGCAAUGUGGUUACAAAUCUACUUUCAAAACCAAUGUAGAUCGCCAUCAACGCGGACAACAUCACGUGGGAAUUGAUGUCAAUGUCUACGAUAGACAAUCUCUAGCAGCAUCAGAUAAUCACCCAAGUAGCCAUUUAAGCAAACCACCGGAAGCCAACAGUAAACCGUUGAAUUCCAAUGAAAUGCUUGAUAUGGUUCACGUUCCCCCUAACCAAGCUCAAGAACAAUCGGAUCAAAAAUUUAAAAUGUUCAACAUGAAUGACCAGAUGCAUCAGCAUCAACAACACCAACAACAUCAACAUCAUUCGAUGUAUCCACCUACUGGACAACAUCCUGGACCAUCUACACCACAAACAUCAACCGAGCACGAUUUGAUGCGCGAAUUUCGCAAUGAGUUUAUGCGCAUAGGUGGCCCGUCUGUAGGGGCCCAGUCGCAGUAUGAUCAUCAUCAUCCUCAUGCUCAGCAUCAACAACAGACCCCCUAUUAGUACAUAUUGUAUCUGUACGUUUAGAUUUAGUUGAAAAGAUUAGAUUGCCAGUUACAAUUUUUAACAAAUUUGAUUGUAUCUACCUAAACAGUGAUAAUUAUAAUAAACUUGAA